CGAAGACGGCCGCGUGUGUGUGUGUGUGUCGUCGGGCAGCGAAACUGAAAAACCAAAGGAGAAGCGUGGAGAGCAACAGCAAGUCGCAGCAGCCCGAGCGAAGUCGUUCUGUCGCAAGAGGAGGAGCAAAUAUAAAAAAGACCAACUAUUUUUUUUUUUCGAGGCAGAAAACACGGCGCAGGAAUUGCCUUCAAAUAGCACCAUUUGCCAAGCGGGAUUCGAAACGGCCCUGCUCUCGCAUACCUGCGUGCGUACCUCGUAACAAGAAAAAAAAAAAACCGAGAUUUCGAUUCAGUCGCGCGACGUAAGCGCGCCCUCCGUUCCACCGUGCCCCGCUGUGCUCUCACGUAAUCCAUAGGCCGCCCCGCUCGCCACUACUCACCUCUUCAAAAACCUCUUCCACGUGUGUGUGUACGUUGCGUUGCCUUACGUUACGUCGGUUACGUCGUCGUCGUCGUCGUGGUCGCGUAUGCGUGUGUUGUGUAUUGUGUGUGUUUGUGUGUGUAAGUCUGCAAGGUGUGGUGUGUAUAGAAAAUCGAUUGGAAAUUGAACCAGCAGCCGCCGCAGUCGCAGUCGCCGCGUGUGUGCCGUUACGCCAGCGCCAUCGGCCGUAAUUUUCUUGUAUUUUUUUCCUGUGAGCCCCUCCAGUGAGUGCGAGAGCGAGAGCAAGGGAGCUGGGCCCUCAUCUCCUGCGCAAAACACAAACAACAAAACAGCAACAUAAAAAAGAAACGAAAACCAACAAAAAAAAAAAAAUAUAUAUAUAUAUAUAGAAAGAAAGAAACACCGGACAUGGAUAAAUCAGCGGCCACGAACUCGGCCACUGCCGAUGGCCAAAACGAAGCGUCGGCAGCGGCAGCAGCAGCAGCAUCAGCAUCCUCUGCCGGCAGCGCAGCUGGGUGUGGCAGCAGCAGCAACGCCAGCAGCGCCGGCGGCAGCAGCCACACCACCACCAGCGGCGGCAGCAGAGGCGGAUGUAGCAAUAACAGCGCCUUGCAGCGCUUGGCAACCUCAACAACGGCGAAUGCAACAACAACAGCAGCAGCAGCAACAACAAGUGCUGCCGCCCCGAUGACCAUCAACCUGAACAUCAGCACCACCACCGGCGGCAACUUUGGCGUCAGCGUGGAGCCGCACAUUACCGUCGAGAGCCUGAAAAAGAUCAUCGCCAAGAAGCUGAAGGUGGCCAAGGAUCGCAUCUGUCUGCUGCAUCGUGAAAAGGAACUACAGGAUGGCACGCUCAGAGAUCACAAUUUAAUGGAUGGAUCCAAGAUCAUUUUAAUACCGAACGUGGAAACGGGUCUAUUGGCUCAGCGUCCGGAGAACACGGUUAUGCAAGCGCUGGAAUCGCUUAACGACUCGCAGGUUAAUGACUUCCUCAGCGGCAAGACUCCGCUCAAUCUGAGCAUGCGCCUCGGCGACCACAUGAUGCUCAUUCAGCUGCAGCUGAGCACAGUGAAUCCGGCGGGUGGCGGCGGUGGCACCACAGUGGCCACAGCCACUGGUGGCUCCAGCGGCAGCAGCCACAUCACCGCCAACAACUCGGCGGCUGCUGCCUCCACAUCCUCAACGGUUGCCUCAUCCUCACUGCCAGCUGGCACUGGUUGUUCGGCCACCGCAGCUUCUUCAUCAUCGUUGUCUGCCUCCAACUGCAACUCCAACUCCUCCUCCUCUUCAGCGGCAGCGGUGCUAGCCGUAGGCGGCAGUGGUAACACUUCCUCUUCCUCCUCCUCCUCGUCGUCAUCAUCAUCAUCAACAACAUCAUCAUCAUCGUCGAGAGCCCGCUCCUCCGGACAUCGUGCUUCGGGAAAGAUCGGACAUGGUCACGUUCACAGCCACCAGCAUCCGAGUUUGCAUCACGGCUCUUGGCAUGGUCAUGGUCAUGGUCAUGGCCAUGGACACAGCCACAACCAUGGACACGGACAUGGUCACCACCAUCACCAUCAUCAUCACCACCAUCAUCAUCAUCAUCACAAUGCCUCGGCUGUGGCCGCCGGAAGUGGAGGUGGCAUAUCCUGCCAUUCGAUACGCAAGAUGUUCGGGGAUCCAGGAACGGCUAAAGGACCCUCCUCCAGCAAUAGCAACAGCAACAGCAACACCACCACCACCUCUGGCCCGGUCCAGAGCUUAAACACGGCGCUCAACGGGGGACCCGAUCUCACCAAGCUGCUGAUCAAGCGUGGCAUUCAAAAUAUGUCCAAGGGAUACGCGCUAAAGGACUCGACUGGCUCGGCUCCACGUGGCACUGCGGCCAGCUCCGGCAACGUCGCCUCGAGUCCCGGCAAGACUGUGCUGGAGCAAUCGCCCAUCAAGUCGCUGUCGAAUCUCGUGUCCAGUCCCAUCAAGAUGACGGCCAUCAAGAACAUUCCCCUGCCCACGACGGCUGCCGGUGGCAGUUCGAGUGUCGCCACCACCUCCGGCUGCAGCUGCAGCUCUAGCUCCCUCCCGGCCUCCUCCAGCUCGUCCUCGUCUGCCGCAUGCACCGCUGGCGGUUGCCAGCAGGAUCCCAUUGCCGCCAAGCUAACCUCGUGCCUGUGCACGCGUUUGCCCACACCAUCGUCGUCGGUGGCCCCGCCGCUGGCUCCGCUGGUGGCCACCGCCGGUGUUGGCACUCCUCUGACCAGAUCGGGAGCCGACACCUCGGCAGCCGGCAAGUGUCCCGAAUCCACUUGCACUGGAGUUAACGCUGGCUAUGCUGCACGUUCCAUUGCACCGGGCACGGGUGUCACCUUCUCGGGGAAUUCGAUGCUGCACAAGACCGGCAACAAUAGAAUCACCAGAACCAAGCAUCGUCAUUACCAUGGACAUGGACAUGGGCAUGGACAUGGUCACGGCAACAGCAGCAGCGGCAGCGGCAACAGCAGCAGUAGCCACUUUUAUCAGCACGCCUGUGCCGUGAACCACUCCUCGGGCAGUGGAGCAACCUUUGGCGCUUCCCCAUCUUCGGGUUCGUCGUCAACAGCUGCCUCCUCUUCGCGUCGCAAGCUGGAACAGGCAGGAGCAACGGGAGCAGCAGGUGCAGGAACACGUGUUGCCACCACAGGAUCCACAUCUGGAUCGACAACGGCGGGCGCAUCAAUGCCACCUCUACUUACCGCCUCUGCCGCUGAGCCCGAGGACUCCUCGCUGGGCGUCUCGGACACUCGUACCCUGGCCGAGGCCUCGCGCAAUCUCACCCAGACGCUGCGCAAGCUCUCCAAGGAGGUGUUCACCAAUAAGAUUGAUCUAUCUGGCGCUGCCAGUGUCGUGGGUAGCAACAGCAACGGGAGCAGUGGCUCCAACGGCAGCGGCAAUGGUUCCUCCGGCUCCGGUGGUGGAGCUGGUGCCGGUGGCGAGGAUACACCGCGCAAAGGUGGUUCCGGUGCCGUAAUUGAAUCGAUGAAGAACCAUGGCAAGGGCAUUUACUCGGGCACCUUCUCUGGGACCUUGAAUCCAGCGCUGCAGGACCGCUACGGUCGUCCCAAGCGUAACAUUUCCACGGUGAUUCAUAUCCUGAAUGAUCUGCUAAGCGCCACGCCGCAAUGUGGACGCGGUGCUCGCAUUAGCUUCGAGGCACCAAGCACCAAUGGAUCGACAGCGGGCUCCAGCUCGGCUUCGGGUAGCGGCAACAGUGGAUCCUCCUCGACGGCGGCCACCAGCAAUGGGAUGCAUCACGGAUCACGCAGCAAAAUGUACUCCUCGCGGCAUCACAACUGCGCCAAGUGCAGCAGCCGGGCACAGCAGCAGCAACAGCAGCAGCAGCAGCAGCAACAGCAACAACAAUCGGCGGCAAGCGGAUGCAGCUGCUCCUUCCAUGACUUCCAGGGCUACUUCUCCCCCUCAUCAUCCUCCACCGCCUCCAACCCGUUGUCAGCCGCCGCCUCGAAGGCUUCGGCGGGCGCCAAGUCAUCAACGCACAGCUGCUGCCCGGCCGAGGCAGCCAACAAUCUGGGCAGUCAGUCCACCGGCUCCUGCAGCUGUCGCUAUCGCCGCGACGAGGGACAGGAGCGUGAGCGUGAGCACAUGUGCCAGAAGUGCACCGUGGAGCUGGCCAAUAUGAAGACACGCUCCAAGAUGGACCAGCUGCGACUGGUCAUGCAGCAGCACAAGCAGAAGCGUGAGGCUCGCAAGCUGAAGAGCGGUCCCUAUGCCAUGCCCAAUGCGGCAGCAACCGCUCCGGCCACUGGAGCCACCUCAUCGGCUGUACAGUACAGCGCAGUCAGUGCCCUGGUUGCCACGCCACUGCAGUCAGCAGCCGCUGUGCCGCCUCAGGCGACGGCUCCCACCACAACUACCAGCAGCAACAGCAGCAGCAGCAGCAGCAGCAAUACCGCCAGCAAUACCAAUGCCAAUAGCAACAACAAUACAACCAGCGGCAGUAAUGGAGGAGCAGCUGGAGGAGCUACAGCCACGACGGCAACAACAGCGACAGCAGCCACAGCAGCUCCGCCAAGCGAAGUCUCGCCCAACCACAUUGUGGAGGAGGUGGACACGGCGGCCUAAGGUGCCGCUGACCUUAUCCUAUUUUUAGCAUUUACUAGUUUACGCAGCAACAACAAAGAGCAGGAAAGAAAGAAAUAAAGAGGAGCAACAGGCCGAGGGCAAAAGGCGAUGAAUGAGCAGCAGAAGAGAAACUACAACACACAACUAAAGCUUAUAUUAAUCUAGAAUUAAUGCAUAAUAACACGACCCGGAGACAUUCCUCCGCUAGAGCCUGGCAGGAGAGCAGGCAGCGGAGUUCAGAAGAGCGCGUCUGGAGAGUCGAUAAGCUGUUAAAUUAAUUUUAAGUGAACCCCUCACAACACAGAUACAGACAACACCACAAACACACCACAAUACACCACAAAACACCACACGAAGCCGAUCCAAAAAGAUCCUUUGGAAUGAUUCAGCUUUCGGAGGCGACAAAAUCCUUUCAAUUACCUUGCGUAAAUUGAAUUUAGUGAAAUAUAUAUAUAUGUAUUUUUUUUUUUCAAGAAAACACACAAAAAAAAAAUGAAGGAUAAAAAUUGAAAGCGUGGCGAUGAAUGUAGAAUUAAAAGUUUAAGGAACCGGUAGACACACACACGAUGGAAGCUCGAUGCUGAGAGAAUUGUAAGCCAAAGCGGUGGCAAAAUUUUUGGUAGAACUAAAGCAGAAAUUAGAUUUACGUUUAGAACACACCAAAAGCAACAUACACACACACACACACACACACGACACA